AUGGCGGCGGCGGAGCCCGCCAGCUCCGGCCAGCAGGCGCCGCCAGAGCCCGGGCAGGGCCAGCAGCCGCAGCCGUCCCAGCCGCAGCCCCCGCCGCAGCCGCAGCCGCUCGGGGGCGGUGGGGGCGGCAGCAGCAGGCACGAGAAGAGCCUGGGGCUGCUCACCACCAAGUUCGUGUCGCUGCUGCAGGAGGCCAAGGACGGCGUCCUCGAUCUCAAAGCGGCUGCAGAUACUUUGGCUGUGAGGCAAAAAAGAAGAAUUUAUGAUAUCACCAAUGUCUUGGAAGGAAUUGACCUGAUAGAAAAGAAGUCAAAAAAUAGCAUCCAGUGGAAAGGUGUAGGUGCCGGCUGUAAUACUAAAGAAGUCAUCGAUAGAUUAAGGUAUCUCAAAGCAGAAAUUGAAGAUCUAGAACUGAAAGAAAGAGAACUUGAUCAGCAGAAGGUGUGGCUGCAGCAAAGCAUCAAAAAUGUGAUGGAAGACUCCCUUAAUAGUAGAUUUUCCUACGUGACGUAUGAAGACAUCUGUAAUUGUUUUCAUGGAGAUACGCUAUUGGCCAUUAAAGCGCCUUCUGGGACACAGUUAGAGGUACCUAUUCCAGAAAUGGGCCAUAAUGGACAAAAGAAAUACCAAAUCAAUCUGAAGAGUCAUGCAGGACCUAUCCAUGUGCUGCUUAUAAAUAAGGAGUCCAGUUCCUCUAAGCCUGUGGUUUUCCCUGUUCACCCUCCUGAUAACACAUUCCUCCCCUCCACUCAGCCUUCCACUCCUGCGACGCCACAGAAACCCAGCACACCAACUCAGGAUCUGCCUGAGCACCAUGUCUCUGAAAGAAGUCCGCCUCUCCAGCAGAUAACAGCUACAGACCUGUCUUCUUCUGGAUCUUUUAGUGGCGAUAUAAUUGAUGAAUUAAUGUCUUCUGAUGUGUUUCCUCUUUUGCGGCUUUCUCCUACCCCGGCAGAUGACUACAACUUUAAUUUAGAUGAUAAUGAAGGAGUCUGUGAUCUGUUUGAUGUGCAGAUACUAAAUUAUUAG